UUUGACAAUGGAUUCUCAACUAUCUGUUGAAUGUUCUGCACAAUCAAAUAAACAUACAAACAACCAAGUUGCUACAAGCUCAAAUCAUCAAGAAGAAAAACUGGGACAGAAAUCGCAGGAAGAAAAUCCACAUUAUGUACCAGGAAAGUCACUUUGCAUUAGUCCUUUACCAGAAACUAUAUCUCGAGAAGAAUUGUUAAAAUUUCUUUAUCAAUUCGGAUCAGUUAAAAGACACCAUUUUGAACGAAAUUCUUUAUGGAUCGAAUACCAUAGCAGCAAACCCAUUUAUAUUUUAACGAGAAAGUCAAAUUGGUUGCCAAAUGAAAAACUAUGCAUAAGAAGAAUUAAGAAAAAUAAAGAUGAUUUUGAUAAAGGGUCAAAACAAAAAGGUAAAAAUGUCCCCAACAAAACCGAGGAAGAAGAAGACCUAAUAAGUUAUGACCGCAUAAAGACUGGUAUUGAAAAUGAAGUGACAUUUGACGGUCAAUUGGCCGCACUUUUAAAUUCAAUACAACUUAGUGACUUUGAAUUAACGACAAGAUAUAAUGUUAUUUGCACACAUUUGGACGAAAUAUUCAGACCGACUUUUCCUGAAUGUCGAACAUAUAGAUUUGGUUCAACAGUAGCGGGAUUGGGUUUUAAAGAGAGUGAUUUAGAUAUCUACAUGUAUGUCGGUAGAGACGGUCUAUCACCAGCUUUACACAGACCGGAUAUUCCACCACACAUAUUGACGCUAUCAAUUUUCAAAAAAGUGAAGAGAGUUAUGUACAGCAUGAAAUCUGUCUUUGCCAAUAUAGUAUCAAUCCCUAAAGCAAAAACGCCUAUUAUAAAAUUUCGUUAUGCACCAACCAACGUCUCGUGUGAUAUUUCUUUCAAAAACAGUUUAGGCAUUUACAAAAGUGACUUUUUAAAAUAUUGUGCAACAUGUGACCCUCGAAUAAGACCAUUAAUGCUGCUCAUUAAGUAUUGGGCAAGACAUUUUGGAAUUUCUGGCAUCGGGAGAAUCUCCAGCUAUGGACUGGUAUGUUUGAUUAUCUUUUAUCUUCAACAAGAUUUUGUUGGUCUUCUUCCACCCUUACUAGCUCUUCAGAGGACUUGUGCUCCACGGAUCAUAAAUGGAUGGCAAGUAAAUUUUAAUGAAAAUACAGUAUUGCCAGCUACUACCAACAACGAUAAUAUCGCGAUGCUACUUCAUAAGUUCUUCUCUUUCUAUGCCACAUUUCACUUCAAUUCAUGUGUGAUAUGUUUAUUGGACGGAAAGACAUAUUCGGCAGCUGACUUUGCUCAACUAGAUAAAUUACCUGAUUAUAUGGAUAGAUACAAAUGUUGUAUCAUGGAAAACGGUGCCAAGAAAUUGGAUAUUCAGAAACCGAUGUGCCUGCAAGAUCCGAUCGAACUUAAUCAGAAUACAGCUGCGGUUACAUCAGACCGCGCAUCAAUAGCAUUUCAACGUUGUUGCGCGUUUGGCGCUGAACUCUGUAUAACCGCUAGUGAAAAUAAUUACGAAAAUCUAUUGAAAAUGUUAUUUAGUACAAUACCUCCCGAAUUGAUAAUAACAAAAAAGAAGAAAAAGAAGUUCAAAACCAAGAUAUGUGCUGGUCGGUUUCUUCAGGAUUGCCAGAAAAUUGCAGGAUUGCCAGAAGAUUUCGAAGAAUGUACAAACGUUCUCGACAAGGAGCAGUACAAGAAAAAUAAUUGGUAUUUCUUAGCUUUUAAUCUAAUAAGAGAUAUCUUUAAAAUGGUAUUCAAAUUGCAAGUUGAAGUACUUCUCGAUCAAGAAACGAAGCAGCAGAAAGUUGAAGUAUUAUCUGAUGUACACACCAGAAGUCAUCAAAACAUAACUUUCCACUGCACAGGAAGCAAAUGUGUAUGGUACAAUCGAAAAAAGAAUAACAGAACUUUUUUGGAUAUUCAAUUAAGUCUUUUAGAGAAAGAAGCAAUUACGUCCGACAAGGUAGUGGAGCAGUUAAGUGAACAUGAGGAAGCUAACAAUAUAAAGCUAGAUUUUAUAUGUGUAUUAGAAAAGGCAGAUAAUCCUGUAGCAGUAAUAUUAACGUUACAUGAUGAGAAUAGUCAAAAUCACAUCUUUCGGCAAUUUGAGUGUUUCGUAAAUAGUUGGAUACCAAAAAUAAUAGACAAAACAUUGCUUCACAUGCUACAAUUUCAAAAAACUUAUGACCAGUUGCUACAACAUGCAAAAUGAUUCAUUGUGAUGAUUUUAAACCCAUUCCAUGUAUGUUUUUCACCAUACAUGUGUUAAAAAUGAGCAAUAUUUCUUUAGCAAAACUUUGGACAAUUUGAUAAUCAGCUUAGAUCAUCAUAUUGUUAAAUAACUAAUUCUCAACAUGUCUGACUAUUGAUUACUUCCAAAAAUUAAAAAACUUCUAUUAGAUUUUCUGACCUAUAUAUUACUUAUUGAAAAUAAUUAUAAAAUUUAGUUUUUGAAUUUAUAUGUAACAUUUACGAGCUGAAUUCUAAAGGUGUAAUCAUCGAAUAAA